GGGGGGGGGGGGCAGACUGCCCGGGACCAGGGCGCUUCGGGGACGCCAGACGGAGAAAUGGGGCCGGUCUGAACAAGAAGCUCCGUUCGGGCUCGUUCCUCGCCUCCGUCCUAGAGAUCCGCAAAGGAGGAGGGACGUGGGAUUCCCGGGGCGAGGAGAGCUGGGCCUGAGCCCGGACUAGACUACUCGACCCUAGCGUGAAAGAGGCCAACACUCCCCGGCGUCAGCCUCGGCACAUGAGGCCAAUGGGAGACUGGCGAGGGGGGCUAUCUGACCUCUGUUAGGUACGCUGCUCCCACCCACGCACCUGCCACCCCGGAAUCCGGCGGCCUUCAGAGCCUGGAGACUGGAGCGGGGAGCAGGGGAGGGCAGUGCGCAGAGGGGUGGCCGAACAUGUUCACUGGCUCCACCACCAGACCUCACAAGGGGCAGCCCUGAGCAUUGAAGAUACGGAACACGCGCAAAAACCGAACGUCUGGCGUCGCUCGCCCAAGAGAUGGGCCGUGACAGUACGCACAGGUUUCAAGUCAGGCUUGGGUCGCAGAUCACGUGUGCCAGCCUGGGCGUGGCUGCGUGGGAACUAAUACGGACGAUCCUGGAUGGCCAGUUCGCUUCCUCCUACCCCAGGACUACUCGGGGCUGUACGACUGGGCGGGGCGUGCGCGUAGGCCUGAGCAUGCGUGCAAGCUGACGUUGACCUCGUGGCCGCCCUCUAGGGAAAAGAACCUGUCAGUCCUGCUGCUGCGUGCGAUGGAGCAUCGUCAGACUGCCGAGAGGAGGCCGAGGCCCACCUGCGGAGGCGGGAGCGCCUGGACCUCUCUGCCUUCUGCCUCAGGAGCCAAAAUUCUCCGGCCUGCCGGGAGCCAGCUCUGCCAGCAGCCGGCCUAGUGGGCUCCCCAGCCCGCCCAGCCCGCCCAGCCCAGCCGCGUCGAGGACCAGAGCCUGCAGCCAGAGAGCAUGGCCGCCGGGACCCAGAGCGCCCCCUCCCGGGAGUGGAUGACCUUCAAGGAUGUGGCUGUGGACUUCACCCGGGAGGAGUGGCGCCUCUUGGACCAUUCUCAGAAGGAGCUGUACAGGGAGGUCAUGCUGGAGAAUGUGCAGAAUCUACUCUCUGUGGGGCUGCCAGUUCCUAGAGAAGAUUUGAUCUCCAGUUUUCUGCAAGGAGAAGCACCAUGGCUGCUAGAGCCAAAAAGCCCAAGGAGCUCCUGUCCAGGUGCAGAGACUAGGUUUCAAGUGAAUGAGUUGAGCACAAAGCUGAGCAUUUUUGCAGAUGAAUCUGGCCAGGAAAAAUUCAUGAGUGACUUCAGUUUGAGAGAAACCUGUGAUUCUGAUAUCAAUGUAGAUGAAAAUCCAAAGAGUGACUGUGAAUUUGAUGAAACUAGAAAGACAUUCAAACAGUGUUCAGGUCUAAAUCAUGACAAGAAAAUAAACUCAGGGAAUGACUCUUUCCAGGAUAUGGAAGAUAGCAAAUGCAGUACUGAACAGAUAGAGCUAUUUCAGUCCCAUGAAAAGCCUCCUGAAAUGUACAUGUAUCAAGGUAAUCUACAGGAAAAGUCCUCUCAAGGCAGUUCAGACCUCAUCAGAUACCAAAAGAAGUUUACUGGAAAAAUGCUUCAUAAAAAUAAUAAAGGGGGGAUGGCCUUUAGCCAAAACUCUAAGCUCAUUACUCAUCAGAAAAUUCACACUAGAAAGGAGUCUUCUGGACAUAAUGAAUGUGGAGCAACCUCUCUUCCUUACCGUCCUAGAUUUCAUACUAGAAAGAAAGCAUAUGCAUGUAAUCAGUGUGGGAAAGCAUUUGCUUGGAACUCCGAUCUUAUUCGACAUCAGAAGAUUCAUACUGGAGAGAAGUCUUAUAAAUGUAAUGACUGUGGAAAGGCUUUCUCCUUCAGAUCACUCCUUAUUAGCCAUCAGAGAAUCCACACUGGAGAGAAACCUUUUGGAUGCAAUCAGUGUGGAAAGGUUUUCUCACAGAAAGCCAGUCUUGUUUUACAUCAGAGAAUCCACACUGGGGAGAGACCCUAUAAAUGUAAUCAAUGUGAAAAGGCUUUCAGAAAGAGCUCCAGUCUUGGUAAACAUCAAAGAAUCCAUACUGGAGAGAAACCUUAUGAAUGUAAUCAAUGUGGAAAGGCUUUUAGUCAGAGCUCCAAUCUUGUUGCACAUCAAAGAAUCCACACUGGAGAGAAACCUUUUCAAUGCAAUCGAUGUGGAAAAGCAUUCAGAUACAGCUCCAGUCUUGUUUCACAUGAGAGAUUCCACACUGGAGAGAAACCUUUUGGAUGUAAUCAUUGUGGAAAGGCUUUUCAGUGUAACUCCCAUCUUGUGGAACAUCAAAGAACUCACACUGGAGAGAAGCCUUAUAAAUGUAAGCAGUGUGUAAAAGCUUUCACAAAACACUCAAGUCUUAUUAAACAUCAGAGAAUCCACACUGGAAAGAAACAUUUUGAAUGUAAACAAUGUGGAAAGGUUUUUAGAUGCCAUUCCCGUCUUAUUGAUCAUGAGAAAAUCCACACUGGAGAGAAACCUUAUAAAUGUAAUCAAUGUGGAAAGGCUUUUACACAGAGUUCCAAUCUUGCUGUACAUCAAAGAACUCACACUGGAGAAACGCCUUUUGAAUGUCAACAAUGUGAAAAGUCUUUCAGAUACAGCUCCAGUCUUGCUAAACAUCAGAGAAUCCACACUGGGGAGAAGCCUUAUAAAUGUAAUCAUUGUGGAAAGACUUUCAGAAUCAAUUCUAGUCUUUCUGCCCAUCAGAGGAUCCACACUGGAGAGAAACCUUAUAAAUGUAACCAAUGUGGAAAGGCUUUCAGAAUUAGCUCCAGUCUUGGUAAACAUCAAAGAAUCCACACUGGGGAGAAAAUUUUUGAAUGUAAUCAAUGUGGAAAAGUUUUCACACAGAAUUCCCAUUUUGCUACCCAUCAGAGAAUCCACACUGGGGAGAAACCUUAUGAAUGUAAAGAGUGUGGAAAGGCUUUCAGAUCCAGUGCUAGUCUUACUGAUCAUGAGAAAAUUCACAAUAAGGAGAAACUUUAUGAAUGUAAUCACUGUAGGAAGGUUUUCACAAAGAGUUCCACCCUUAUUGUACAUCAGAGAAUCCACACUGGAGAGAAACCUUAUGAAUGUAAGCAAUGUGGAAAGGCUUUCACACAGAAGAACCAUCUUGCUGUACAUCAGAGAAUCCACACUGGAGAGAAACCUUAUAAAUGUAAUCAAUGUGAAAAGGCUUUCACAAUCAGUUGCAGUCUUGCUAAACAUCAGAGAAUCCAUACUGGAGAAAAGCCUUAUGAAUGUGAUCAGUGUGGAAAGGCCUUUACACAGAAGGCCAAUUUUGCAAAACAUCAGAGAGUUCACACUGGAGAGAAACCUUUUGAAUGUAAUCAAUGUACAAUGGCUUUCACAAAGAUCUCUGCUCUUACUGCACAUCAAAGAAUCCACACUGGAGAGAAACCUUAUGAAUGUAAGCAAUGUGGAAAGGGUUUCACAAAGAGCUACAGUCUUGCUGCACAUGGGAGAAUUCACACUGUAGGAAAACCUCGUGGGGGUCAUGAAUAAGGCCAAGCUUUAGUUACCAUUCAUUGCUUGUUUAACAGAAGAGAAUUCACACUUGGGACUAUGAUCAAUGUGGUAAAGCCUUCAGGCUACAUCAUCUCUAUUUCCCAUCCAAGAAUUCAUAUUAGAUUGAAUCUUAUCACUGUCAUGAAAGAGGAAAGACAUUCAAAUAUUUAGAACUUUUUCAGUAUUAGAAAAUUCAUUCUGAGGAGCAACUUCAUGAGGACUCCAUUUAGGAAAGCUUUCAGCCAGAAAUCAUCUGUUACUUUACAUCAAAGGAUCCAUAGUAGAGAGAAGCCUUAUGAAUGUGCUCAAGGGGAAUGUGAUUCUGGAGGAGGAUGAUCAGUAGACAACAAUAUGCACAUUUGAAUGAGGAUGUAUAAAAGCACUGAUUGUGGGGAGGGCUUCACAUAGGAGCUCAUACCUGUCUGUACAUUGGAGAAAUCAUGCUGGUUAUGAAACUUAUGUAUCUACUUAACAAAAGAAGACCUUUUAUUGCAUUCUUCAUGAAACCUCCCAAAAUAGGAGACCUCAUUAAAAGUCACCCCAAUUUUGGGGGCAGUGUGGUAGCUCGGUGGAUUUAGAGACAGGAGGUCCUGAGUUCAAAUUUUCCCUUAGAUACUUUCUAGCUGUGUGACCCUGUGCAGGUCUCUUAACCCCCAUUCCCUAGCCCUUAAUGCUUUUCUGCCUUGGAACCAAUACACAGUAUUAGUUCUAAGAUGGAAAGUAAAAGGCUUAAAAAAGAAAAAGCAGGGCAGCUGGGUAGCUCAGUGGAUUGAGGGCCAGGCCUAGUGAUGGGAGGUCCUAGGUUCAAAUCUGGCCUCAGACACUUCCUAGCUGUGUGACCUUGGGCAAGUCACUUAACCCCCAAUGCCUAGCCCUUACCACUCUUCUGCCUUGGAACCAAUACACAGUAUUGAUUCCAAGACGGAAGGUAAGGGUUUAAAAAAAUAAAAAAGAAAACAUUCUACUCUGUGCAUAAAAUUCUAUAAAUAUUAUUAAUUUUUCUCUUAAAAUCCUAAUGCCAUUACACUUAAAUAUUGCAUGACAUUCAUGUACUCUUUAAUUUCUUCACCUAUUCCCCAAUUAAUUGGUACUCAUUUUGUUUCCUCUCGUUUGUUGAUACAAGAAGUCUUUGUGUAAAUAUUUUGGUAACUGUUGGAUAUUUAUUUCUGUAAUGCUUUCCCUAAGAAACUAGGUGGCCCAGUGGAUGAAGCACUGUGCUUGGAGCCACAAGACCCGAGUUCCCAUUUUGUUUCUGGCACUCACUAGCUGUAUAUCUUUGAGCAAAUCUUGUAACCUGUUCUUGCCUGAGUUUCCUUAUCUUUUGAAAGGGGGUAUUAAGAGCCCCUACCUCCUAGGGUUUAUGUGGGGAUUAAAUAAGAUACUAUUUGUAAAAUGCUUCGCAAACAUUUAAUCACCAUGGAAAUGCUAGUUAUUUUUGUGAUCAUCAUUCCUUGGAUCAGAAAUCUUAUAAAGUCAGUGGUCUAAAACAAA